AUGUAUCAAUUGGCAGAUGACGAGCAAGUUGAGUCAAGAAUGAGGAAGGUUAUUUUGCAUCUAUCACUGCAGCUUUCAAUUUUGAGAUGCAACCCUAUAUGUAUGUAUAUCGGUUAUCUCAAUGUUCCGCUUGUCCACGUCAAGGAGAUAAAUGUUGGGCUCAGGGCUCCAAUUUGGCCUCUCGGUGGAUUAAUCAGGAAUUGUGACAAAGAAGAUGGAAAAUUGAAUCGCAGAGGACUGUUAGCCGCCGUGCAGAACGAGCAGUUGACUGGUAAAAAUGCCCUGGACCGGCAGUCGAGGGAUCUGGUCGCUUGAUAUCUGUUUCCCGGUGUUGGAUGAAAAACCACUUCCUUCAUGUCAUGGUAUUUUCUCCUGCCCACACCAACACGACGCCCACUUUCUCCGCUGUCUACCUAGCCUGGCCCCUUUACGGUGACCAAUGAGCGAUCCUGGUAAGAUGCGGCGGAAAUGUCUGCAGAAGCUCGUUGUGCACAAGCCCUGGGAGCUUCAGGUUGCCAAUUCAAGCUUGAAAGCGAAUACCACUUUCGCCACGAGUUUGCUGUUGAGUUUAGUCGAGGCCAGGGUCAAAGACAUUUGUUGUUUCCGAUCCAUGACUGAACAGAAGAAAAAGAAAAGAAACGGACUACAAUGCGUGCUGCCUUUGGGAUACGCUUGCGCGAAUAGAAAAGGCGCUCUUUUGUUUUUCUUCCGUUUUCCAUUUUCGUCCCUUCGGCACACUCCACCCUCCCCCAUUUAUUUCCCAGAAAACAAUAUGCUUCACCUUUUUUCUUUUUCUUCCCUCUUUUUUUUUCUUUUCUUUUCUUUUUUUUCAUUGUUAAAUUUUUUAUCUUCUUAUUUUAUUUUCUCUCGAUUUGAUUUUUUUUUUCUUUAUUUAUAUUAGUGGGUGGAGUGAGCAAUUGCCU